AUGUCUGGCGUAUCAAAGGUCACACGAGGUCACACCGCUGUGGACUCAGCUUUGCUCACGACUGCGUCUGCCCUGCACGACGACAUCACGCCGCUGGAGUACCGCACGUGGCACUGCUUCGAAACGCCGCCAGACCUGCCGUUCCUGACCGUCGCCUGGGUCGGCUACUCGAUCUCUUCGUCGCCGGCCUCACCGGCAACACCCGUCUGCUACGUCGUCUUUUCCGCGACGCGCAUGCGCACCGUCACCAACAUCCUUAUCGCCAACAUGGCGGCCGGCGACCUGCUCAUUGCCUGCCUCUGCAUGCCCUUCACGUUCCCCACCUUGGUCGUGUCGGCUUCUGGCGGUUUCCGUCUUCGUGUCGGCGGUACACGCUUCGUGGCCAUCUCUGCAGACCGCUACACGGCCAUCGUGCACCCGCUGGUGUCGCGCGGCUCGCGGCUGCGGACGCGCAUCGUGCUGCUGGUGUGGGAGGGGAACGGGCGGCGCUACUACACGGUGGUGGUGAUGUUGCUGCAGUACUUCCUGCCGGUGACCGUGCUGGCCGUGACGUACGGCAGGAUCGCGCUGGAAGUGUGGGGUCGUAGCUCGCCCUUCAUCAGGAGUCAGGAUGUCAGGGAGAUCAGGCUGGCGCGCGCCAAGCGGAAG